AACAUUGGUCAACUUGAGCUGAAUUGAUGAACAUCUUAUAUAUGAUUGAAGGUAAAAGUAGAUUAAUGAGGCAAGAUAUCACCCUCAAUACAUGUAAUUUGCUUAUUUGUAAGACAUUUACAGUGAUUAAAGUUUCAAUUGAUCACUGUUUUAAAUGUACAAUGUAAAUUAUACUGUCAAUAUUCUUAAUAGAUGUAGUCCAAAAAGCCAGUGAACGGUUCUAGUGAACGAAGAAAAAUUACCUAUCAAUUUCAAAAUCGAUGAUUUGAUAGAUAUCUAAUGAACAAUUGAGUGGUGAUGAGUACUUCGAAAACUUUAAAAUAACAAAGGAAAUAAAAAUCAGGACUGGAUAAAAAUUAGUUAUGCAUUCUCUCUUGCCUUAUUAAACCUUUUUCAAAGGAAAUAUGUAGGCCUAUUCCUUGGUGGAAUCAAGAAGACUUCUAUUUAUAGAGAAAGCAAGAGCAGAGCUCUUUUAUCGAGCAUCCCAUGGUUUACUGCUUUGCUUCUUUUGAAAAUGAGUCAGUGCUAUGAUAUCUUUCAACGUCUAAGGAAAGUUCUGAUUGUGGUCAAGAUAACAAAUUGGGACAAGAAAUAUAAGUUCAAAACAUUGGAAUUGUAGUUCAGUUGUUGGUAAGAAACCCAAUAGAUUGAAUAAUACGCAACGGCAUACCGGUCAUUAGGUGAGUAUAUUUAUUUCUCAUUAAAAGCUAUAGGUAUUGGAUACUUUGAAGCAUGUGUGAAUGCUCCCUGAGAAAUAGAAUAUUGUUGUGCCUGACAGAGAACAUAUUCUUUGAUUGAUUUAUAACACACAAGAUUUAUAAAUAUCUUAGUUAUCAAUGCGGAUAUUCUUUCAAAAUAUUUUUCAUAAAAAAUCAAUUCACUAUUGCCAUAUGGCAAUGAACAGAUACACGUUUUGACGGUUGCUACAAAUCAAAGAGAGGAAGUUGGUGUUCCUCUCCAGCUUCAACAAAAUGGUUAUUUAUAGAUAAAAUCCAGCCAUAAAUCACACUGGCUUUCAAAAUUUUAUUUCUUGUGUAUGUUAUCGUUAAUCUUUUUAUCAUUCUCGAUAAUCCUCAGAAGUCAUGUUUAUUUUAAAAAUAAAUGACAAAAUGAACCCAAAGUAAUUAUUUUCUAUUUUUAUAAAAUUUCUACCGUUUAGCCAAUCUCUGUUUGUUUUAUGAGAAUUUUUCACUCAUAUUGAGACAGAUGAAGCACUACAAGUUUAGACCUAUGCUUAGCGCUUACGGCCGUAACAGUAAGGCAUAUUUAACGUGCUAACGCCUGCUGCGACACGGGUCCUCCGUAUUUAAGGUCAUAUCCGAAAUACCCGUGAUUCUCACCUCUAAAUGACGAGCGUCUGGGAAAGGAGCAAUCACUACCCAUAUUUCACGUGACCAUGGCACAAACGGGGAUCGAAUGAUCGGUUAUGAAGUGAACCGUCUACUAUGCCAAUUUAAAAAACAAUAUUAUCAUUAUUAUUUCAUGUUUGUUUCACAGUCUAUAAUCAGUAAGUGAAUACAAAACUUAAUUGACGAUUUCACAUGAUUAAGAAUGUUUACCAUUAAGUGAAUAUAACCUACUUGUUUCACAGUCUAUAAUCAGUAAGUGAAUACAAAACUUAAUUGACGAUUUCACAUGAUUAAGAAUGUUUACCAUUAAGUGAAUAUAACCUACUUGUUUCACAGUCUAUAACCAGUAAGUGAAUACAAAACUUAAUUGACGAUUUCACAUGAUUAAGAAUGUUUACCAUUAAGUGAAUAUAACCUACUUGUUUCACAGUCUAUAACCAGUAAGUGAAUACAAAACUUAAUUGACGAUUUCACAUGAUUAAGAAUGUUUACCAUUAAGUGAAUAUAACCUACUUGUUUCACAGUCUAUAAUCAGUAAGUGAAUACAAAACUUAAUUGACGGUUUCACAUGAUUAAGAAUGUUUACCAUUAAGUGAAUAUAACCUACAUGAUUAAGAAUGUUUACCAUUAAGUGAAUAUAACCUACAUUGUAUCUUGUAUAUCCCGUAUGCUACAUAAGAAAUGAAUUAUGCUUAGCCAAAUCUAACCUAUCACACCUCCAAACAUACUAGUACGACUGUUUCCAGUACCAAACAUACUAGUGCGACUGUUUCCAAUACCAAAAAUACUAGUACGACUGUUUCCAGUAUUAAAAAUACUAGUACGACUGUUUCCAGUACCAAACAUAUUAGUGCGACUGUUUCCAAUACCAAAAAUACUAGUACGGCUGUUUCCAGUACUAAAAAUACUAGUACGACUGUUUCCAGUACCAAGAAUACUAGUACGACUGUUUCCAGUACCAAACAUACUAGUUCGACUGUUUCCAGUACCAAAUAUACUAGUACGACUGUUUCCAGUAUAAGUUUUUACUCUUCACGUCGAGAUUGACACAGAAUACAUUUACGAACGUAAUGACUCAACAUUUGCAGCAGAAGAGUGCAGAUGAGAAACUACGGAACUUUGGAGGGAAACAAUCGGGGAAAUCUAACACCAUCGAAAAACAGCCACCCCUCCCUCCCCGGUACUCAAACUCACUGCCACUAAGCAUCAGGAAUGCACCACUAGAUGAAGGAAAAGAUCAGAACUCUUCAGUGGAUCUUGAAAUGGCGGAUAGAAGAACGCAGAGAGGCUCCAACAACAACCAGACGACAAGUUACGAUACAAGGUCAACGGAAGUAAAACGAAGGUCAAGGAGCGCUGGGCCUUCGGGAAAAAAUAAGAUGAGAAAUUCGAUGGACGAGAAAAAGUUUUUAGCUGCUCAGGAAAAGAAAAAUAAAGCAUCCAGAUAUUAUCAACGGAGACAAGAACUCAAACAAGGCACACGACAUUCCCUUUACAACGAACCAGAAUCUGACGAAGGAGGAUUUCCUAAUUAUAGCUCUAGUGCAUCCGACUCGGAUGGUAACAAACAAGCAAAUUGGGUGAAAAAUCCAUUAAGCAUGAAAAAAGGUAAAAAAUAUGAAAAAAGACAACAGAGUGGAACUUAUGACAAUGGUGUUUACAGCAUAAACGAAAAUGAAUACAACAGAUUAGAAAGUCAAAAUAUAAAGAACCGUCAACCUACGAGAAUGGGCUUAUCUCUUGAAUCCGAAUAUCAAGACAAAAAUGGAAACCCAAAAAAUAAGUUUCAGAAACUGGAAGAAAGACGGAAUCAACGGAUAGAUUUUACUGUGACAUCAGACGAUGAGGUAAAUUCUCCUGAAGCAGGGAUUUCCAAAUUAAGACAAAGAGCUCUUCAGGGAUCCAAGCCAUCAACUAAAUUACCCGACACUUUGGAAGAUUGGAACUUCUCUUCAAAAGCUCCACAGGUUUCUUCUGCAAUCGAAGUUAAACGGACGUAUCAUGAAAAUGUCGAACAGGCAGAAAAUGGAUCUUCCUCGUCGGAGCAGAUUACUCUUCGACAGAUAGGUCCUGGUAUACGUGUGUCAAAGUCCCCGAGUCAGACCAGUAGCGAUGGGGGACAACGGCGGGAAAACUGCCAAGACAAAAAGGCAACUGUGCAAGGAAGUUAUAGAAAAAUACCAAAACAGGAGAGUGACUUCCUGAAGAUUCAAAAUGUUAACAAACCUGAGCCUGACGAAUCAUCAAAACGAGAUGAUGGGACACGAUCUGGUGAUGCUAUUAACAGAAUAAGGGAAAUACCCUCUGGAGGAUACGCAAGAUACACUGUUGAAAGUCAAGGGAAUAUCCCGUCACGUGUCCGAAACAUACAGAAUAGGAGUGAGGAGAAAGUGAUUAAUUUUCAGGAGGUGAAAUCUAAUCAACCGGUUACCAUUAAAAAGGCAAUUGACAGAAUGGAUAAUAAAAGAAAAUCGUAUAGUGACGAUGAUUCUUUAGACGAUCUGGUCGAAUCAAAUAUACAAUACUUAGAAAGUGAGUUCGAAAAUGGAAAAUUAAAGAAACUUAAUAAUCAGAAACCAGGAAAAUUCCCAGUUCAAAUUGAAGUGAACAAAGAAAAAAGGCGUUCAGCAUCAUUGGAUGGCUUUGGUCGAUCUAGACCUAGUGAUUCUUAUCAGAGUGAGGUAAAACUUCGAUUGCAAAUUCCAUCUAUAGCACAGAACAAUCGAUUUCACCAAACCAAAAUCGACCCUCAUAACCGUUACGAUGACGGAGGGAAACGCCAGUUAUAUUCUCCUCAAGUACCUAGGAAGCCUGUUCAAAUUACAAACUCCCAACCCCAAUACCAAAACAGUGCAUUCUUUCAAAACACUGUUCCAAAGUAUGAAAGAAAAUUUCAAUCAGCAACAGCAAGUCCCUACUUACAAAGAAGGGCUGUAGAUUUAGGGGAGAUGGGAGAUAUAUCUAGAUCUGAAAAUCAGCUUAACUCUCAAGAAAAGGGGUUUUCUUAUCAGUUGCCGUCAAAUUUCAUUCAUCCCUGUUUCAAAGAAUACCAGACAACUGAAACAACUGUUUACAGAAGUAAAGACGAUGAUGUCAUAUCUAGGGAAUCCGUAACAAAGAGUUUUUCAGUCCCAGCAAUGGAAAGUGGAAUGUUCUCUGAUGUGGAUUACGACAUUGAAGUUUCUGAGAGAAUUAAAAAGUGGGAGAAAUAUAUGAAGAAACCUGGAGUGCAAGAAGGUGAUAAAUCAUUAUCAUCAAUUUCUGAAUCCACAUCUAACUGGUCUGUUGAGCCUGAAACCCCGGUACCAGUACCGCAAACAAUAGCAUUAUCGUCAACAUCCGUUACUGUGACAAAGACUCCCUCAAAACCUGCUGAGCAAGUGAAAACAGUAGCAGCCACAGAAACUUCAAAAUCUUAUUUCGAACCAAAAGUUAAGUCGACCGAAACCAAUACACAUCGAAUUUUUCGUGUUGUACAGGACUCCAGACAAGACGAUGCACAGGCGAAAGACAGUACGUUUAACUGGGUACAAAAUCCUCUUGUGUCUGAAAAUGAUCAGACAGAGAUGGGAAGCAUUUGUGUGGAGGAAUCAGUGUUAAGUCCAUAUGUGGUUUCCAAACAAGGGUGGCCUCCUCAAGUAGCUUCAAUGUUGGAAGUGGAAAAGAGGCCUUUGAGACUUUGUAGGUUAGAAGAUGAAAUUAAUGAACUUCAGGAUGUUAAAAUUGAGAGUGUUCGAGACCUGAGAAGAAAGUUUGACUCGGAUGCCAGCGGGAACGAAAGUACAGACGUAACCGAUACACCGUCCACAUCUGCGGUGAUGACGCCAAUCCGCCAACGGAGACAAUUUGUUCGGCCUGCUCAAAUUCCAGAAUCAAAAACUAUGUACUUGCAAAUGCCAAAGCAGAGAGAAAGUCAGUCCACACCACAAUCAAAGAGUUAUGAAAGGAAAAUCAACACUCUCAGAGUGGAGAAGACACCUGUCGUAGAAGAUGUGUGGUCACCAAACAUGCCGAGUGAUAAAGGAUUGGUUAGCAUCGAGCGUGUAAAAGCCCGAACAUUGCAGACAAUUCCUUUUUCUGAAGACCCAAUAUGGAAGGAAAUAGAAGAAAUGACGAACAUGGAAUUGUUGGUCAAUGAUAUGAGUGAACCAGCUAUAUCUCCGGUUGUCCAUCCAUCCAACGAAUCCUCAAUACUGAAAAGAAAUAGUUAUGUAGGUUUUGAAAAAGCUCCAGUUAAUGUGCCAAACACAACAUUAACCCCAGCGACGCAGCCACAAAUAAAACCUGUAGUAAAAGCUAAACCAUAUUUAACACCAACCAUCCAACCACUAAAACUUACAGUUGACACGAAAAGUAGCGUUGAUGCUCUAGAUGAGGUUCUUGAAGACAUCAGAUCAUCCUUACAAAAGAAACCUUUGAGUCCGAGUGUUCAGAGGAAACGAAUAGAUGAUACUGGAUCUUCGUCCGUGUUGUCGCCUACAGUUUCUAGCACAGGUCAAAUAUUUUUCCCGACAAAAUCCAGCAUCAAAACAGAAACACAAGCAUCUGCAACUGCUCCUUUGACAAACCAGUUUGGAUAUAAACCUAGUUGGCAAGACCUGUAUGAGAACAAUGAUGUCAUUUCGUCCAUGGAACAGUCUACUCAUGUUCAGAAUAUGUCAACAUACAUCGACCCACAGUUCACAAAAUAUCCACAUAUUAUAAACGGAAAUUAUCAACUGGAUCCGCAUCUUCUGAAAGAAAAACUGUUAAGCACUGGUCUCGCAGAAUACCAUUCGGAGACGGAAGAAUCUCGAAGAAGAGCACCACCCACUCCUCCCGAGAGAAAGUGUGAUGCUGAAAGACAAGUGUUGCGAUCAAUGGAAGAGCUCAGAAAGCUUGCGGAGGAUGUUGAGACUAGGCUCCGUCAAAUAAGGACAAAGAUUAUCCAAAGUGAUGAAAAUAAAUUAGACAUAGUUGUUUCAGCACUGAAAAAAUUCGAACCGGACAUUACCCUGAAGCAAGACUCGCCGCAUAGUGAAAGUCGCGAAGAACAUUCUAGAAAAAUGAAAAAGAUGGAGGAGGCAUUGUCAGAAUUGAACAGAAUUUACAAGCAGCUAGAUAUUGACGAGGAGAAAAGCAAAGGAUCAACUUCCCUCGGUAGGUCCAAAUCAUUUAAUAUCAAUUCUUCUCGACCGGAAUUUAAAAGAACUUUAUCAGACUCAGAUUACAAUGUAAACAUAUAUCGAGAUGAAUGUAUAGCCGAAGUUGAAAAAGAAACUCAGCGUGAAUUUGAAGACAUCAAUAAAUCUUUUCAGACUCUCCUCGCAGAAGUGUCAAGUGAUGCAAUACAAUCACCAAAGACACAUGUGGAAGAAGUUGAUCACAAUGCGCAAAUCAAUGCUACACUAAAGAAUUUUCUUGGCGAUUUUCGAGCUUCGAAUUCAAGGUCGACAACUGAAACAAUUGACCCAACAGAACUGAAAAGGCAGUUUUCUCAUUUGGAUGACAAUUCUCCUGCAAUACAAAACCCGUGUAGAGAUGUACUGAAAUCCGAGGUAUAUACAGCUUGUUCGGGUCCAUUCAAUGUGCUGGUUGGAAUCAAUGGAAAACCAAGAAGACCAAAUCCAAUGCCAAGGAAAAAGCCACAAACGCAGCAUUCAGAGAAACGGGGAGAAAACACAACACAAAACACUUCAAACUGUAAUAAUGGGGAAAACUGUUCUAAUGUUUCAGAAACCAAAACAUCUUCUGUGCGAAUCCAGUUGUCGCCAUCUUUAUCACGCGAAUCAGUAUCAAAGGAAUGUUCUGACUGUGAUGACUUACAAAGUAAUAAUGGUAAAGCGCAAAGAAGAUUUAAGAAAAACAUGAAUCUUAGUCAUCGUAAAUCAAUGCCAGCGGACAUGAUAAGGAAAAGUGUGGAAACCCAAACUACUGAUGUAAAUUGGGGAACAUCAGUAGCCAGUGUGAGAGAAAAGUUUUCAAAGAAAACCGAAAGAGAAGAUUCUGUCUCGAGUGAAAGUUCUGUGGAUUUUAGAGGACCAACGAGAAGGCGGCAGAUAGCUAAGGGAAUAGCUAUGAUGCUCGAAUUCUUCAGUUCUAGUGACGACGAAAGGGGGAAAAUGACUCUUUCUCAUUCACACAGUGCACCUGACAUACGCAGUUUGUUUGAGGCAGACUGCAAAGAUAAACCGGUAUCUAACAAGGUGCAGACACCAAGAUCAGUAAAACAACUACAUGAAACGAGAACCAGAAAACGAUCUAUAGAACUGAGAAAGAAAGAGAGAGGAGGCGAAGACAAAACAGAGGACGCGUCAUUAGCAUCGACAACAUCUGAUGAUGGAUACGGAACCAAACCUCCCGUUCAUCCCGGCAAACAAAGAUCAUUUAGUCCAGAAGUUAGAAAUGAGGGAAAUCAACGCAAAAUAUCAGGUGAAUCUCGAGGACAAACGCCAGCCGAUGAAUCGGAUUUUGACAAAAUACAUAUGCGCAAGGAAAAAGAUCUUGCAAAAGAUUACCAAGAAUCCGAAAGACCACACAGUUUUCAUGAACUUCUUGCAAUGUUUGAAUCUAAUCCUUUAAGACUGAUGAAAAUGAAAAACUCAUUAAGAAAAUGUGCUUCUGUGGACGGAAUUGAGCAGGAAACGAUACUUUGUAAAACAUUUUCAUCUGAACCGGACCUUAGCAAAGCGGACGGUUUAAGUGGUCAAGCAAUUCUUAAGCUCGAGGUUAAGUUUAAAAACUAAGAUAGUCAUAGUUAAACAAAUGUAAACAACCUCAUAUUCACCAAAUUAGAAAACAUUAAUAGUAGGCUAGCAAUAUUAUGUAGAUCAAUUCUAGCGAAAUUUGUAACCAGCUUUGAAAAGAGAUGCAGCUUUUGUGAAGCUUUGGCGUUGAAUCAUGGCAGACUGUGUCAUACUAAAAUGUGAUACAAAAGCACAAUGUGAUAACAAAAGACAAAGGUCGUGAUGUAUAAAUAAUUAAAAUGGC